AUGCCACACUGACAGGCAGCAAUGUCAUCGAAAUGCAUUUAUAAUGCGUGCGUGUGUGUGUGUAUGUGUGGUUUUAGGAUUCAUCCUUGCCUUAUGACGCCUUCGUUGUUCAUGAUAGGUGCAGCGAGCAACUUAUUACUUCAAAUACAUCAAGAGCAACAUUCGAACAGCCGCCCAGUCAGCCAGCAACAAGCAGCAAGCAACAAUAAAUGCUGCAUUUGUGACGCGCUGACUGUUAUCUUGCUGCAAUUGCUGCUACAUACUACUGUUGCUGCCAUUGUCGGCACGAGUGAGCGCCACACGAGCGCGCGAGCGUCAAAAUCCCCAUAGUUAGCCCAGCCAAUCACUAAGCUAGCAAGCAAGCAACCAACUCGUCACUGUACGCUACUCUCAGUUUCAUUUUGUGUGCGGAACGCGUUGGUGGCAAACAAGCAAAGUGUGCACUCGCGCUUUAAAUGUAAAAUUUAGAGAAUAUAAAAAACAAAAAUCAAACAGUGGAAAAAUAAAAACAAAAAGUUCAGAGGAAAAAUUAAUAAACCGGUAACGGCCAACAGAUCUCCUUCGUCUUAACAGCAAGAGUGUGCUAAUAACAAAAUUAAAUCGUUUUUGUGUACUUGCACAACAAAAAGAAAAAAACUGUAGCAAUAAAUGUAAAGGAACAGCACAAAUUAAAGCGGUGCAAGAGCAACUGUUGAACGGUGUUUCUGAUGAUUUGUUUUGCUAUGAAUUCUCUUUCAUUACUGUGUGAGAAGGUCUGUUAUUAUUAAGGUUGUAAAGUUGUAAAGUGCAAAUAAACAGCAGUGCCGUGAAAUAUAAAAUAAAAAAGGAGAAGUAUAAGGCGAAAAAACAAAGAAAAAUAGCAUGUCAUAGCAGCUGCUGUAAUUGAAUUGUGCGCUUCUCUGUGAACUGCCAUUUCUCUGCGUACACUGCCUGCAUAAUAAAAGCAGAAGAAAUGAGAAGUUAUUCCCUGCAAUAGCAAUUCAGUUAGAUGCCUUGCUGUGAGCAGCAAAAACAACUAGAUAAUCCGAACGACAGGAAAAAUGUUGCGGUAGCUGAUGUUGAUUUUCAUUUGAGUUCGAUAGUCCGAAGCUAAACGAAAUUGCAAACACAACUACAACAACGCAGCAAUAAAUGUCAAUUGAACAAACGACAAGCCGCCAACCUAGAAUAGCCAACAGCAUUGCAAAUAUCCAGCAGCUAAAUUAGUUUUAAAACAACGUAACGACGUGGCUGCCAGUGAAAUUGGGGAAAAACUCACACCCUCUGGGCGGAGGCGAACAAUAAAUGUUUUAUGCAACUGAACAACUGGACUACUGAACUCGAAAAUCGAAUGCCAAUCAACCUAACACAACAACAACAAUUACAAAAUCAACGAACUCGAAUAAUAUCGUGUUAACUUACAAAAGAACAAUGCUUCUAGAUGUACAUACUUACAUAAAUGAGUACUUACAUAUCUGUUUAAGCGAAUGCGUGUGUGUGUGUGCUUUUAUUUGAAUCGAAAUAAGCAGAGCAGUCUAAGCAAUUAUGUAUGUACGUCAGCGGAACUGUGCUGAUUUAAAGUGAGCUGCACUGGCUGGCAAACCACGGAACUGCUCUGGAGCAACAACAAUUGACUAUGCUUAGUACUACUACUAUUGCUGCUGCUGCUGCUGCUGCUCCAGUACACUUAAUAGCCGAGCAUCGAAUGCAAUCGAAUUAAAUUGCGGAAAUAAUUUGAAAAAUAGAUAAUAAGUAAGCAAGAACCAAAAUUACAAAACGCAAAAACAAAAACAAAAAUAACGAAUAUACAAAUAUAUAAUAAACCACCUUUCAUUACGCGCUGCUGCGAAGCGAGCAAGCGAGCGACCGAGCGAAGGCAAAACUGUUGAUUGCGCUUGCAACAAAGCAAGCUUUUCUCCUCGCCCAUCCUCACCGCGCUCAGCAAUUGAGAAGCGCUGUCACGCAAAAUGACAUUCAAAUUAUUUCGACGCGGCUCGGCGCGCUGUUUCGGUCUGCUGUCCGCAUUUGUCACGAUCUUACUCUGCCUUUACUACAUUUCCAUGGGCCAACAACAACAAGAAACGCUUCAGCAGGGCAAAGACACGACAGCCGCGCUAAGUAGCGGCUUUGGCGGUGUAAUGACGACCAGUUUGAAUUCACCGUUGCAACAAUUGUUUAAAGCCAAUAUGCAUAAUGCUAAAGUUAAGAAUUUGCAUGGUGUGAAUGAAGAGAAGCAUGGCGUACAGAAAUCGGCGAGUGGCAGUGGCGCCACCACAGCGCAACAGUCGUCAGCCACAACAAUAUUAGAUGGUGGUGGUGGUGGUGGUGGUGGUGGUGGUGGUGGUGGUGGUGGUGGUGUCGGCGGCAACAUUGAUGUGAACGAUGGUAUCGACAUGGCCGUCAUUGGCGCGCCCUCCAAGAACCCUGAUUGGGGUGAUAUUUGCUAUGUGAUGGAUGAGAGUGACACGAAUAUCACCACAAAUGAAGAGUACGGGAAAUUUGAUUUCCAGCCUGAAUGGAUUCACACAAAAGAGUAUUGGGAUCGCGGCUUUGAAGAACGCUUUGAGGCACAAAAGAAAGAUUACAAACGGCCGCCAUUGAAGAUUUUCGUGGUACCACACUCGCACAACGACCCCGGCUGGCUGAAGACAUUCGUUAAUUAUUUCCAAUCGGAUUCGCGGCAGAUACUCAAUUUGGUCGUCACAAAAAUGCAAGAAUACACCGACAUGACGUUCAUCUGGUCCGAAAUUAGUUUCCUACAAUUGUGGUGGGAUCAGGCGCACCCAACAAAACAGCGCGCUUUGAAAAAACUAAUCAAAUCGGGUCGUUUUGAAAUCACUACCGGCGGUUGGGUUAUGACUGACGAGGCGAAUGUGCAUCUUUAUGCCAUGUUGGAUCAACUCAUCGAAGGGCAUCAGUGGUUGCGCAACAAUCUCAAUGUCACACCAACCGUUGGCUGGUCGAUCGAUCCCUUCGGUCAUGGCAGCACUGUACCAUAUCUGCUGUCGGGCAGUAAUUUCGAAGGCGCUAUCAUACAACGUAUACACUAUGCCUGGAAGCAGUGGUUUGCGCGCCAACAAAAGGGAGAUUUCAUAUGGGCUCCAUACUGGCAGCAACGCGGCAAAGCGCCAACACAACAUGGCAAGCUACUAACACACAAUAUGCCUUUUGACAUAUACUCAAUUAAGGGCUCAUGCGGUCCACAUCCGUUCAUAUGUUUGAAUUUCGAUUUCCGUAAAAUACCAGGCGAAUAUACGGAGUAUUCGGUGAAGGCGCAAUUUAUAACUGAUGAUAAUGUUGAAUCCAAAGCGCAAAUCUUGUUGGAGCAAUACUCGCGCACAGCCUCAUUGUUUCCCCACAACGUAGCGCUGAUACCGGUUGGUGAUGAUUUCCGCUAUAAUAAGGAGCGUGAAGUGGAUCAGCAAUAUACGAAUUAUAAAAAAUUAAUCGAUCACAUAAUGGCCAAUAAGCGACUGUAUAAUGUGGACAUUUCUUUUGGCACACCACGCGACUACUUCAACGAGAUACGUCGCCGCACCACGUCCUUCCCGACACUCAAAGGCGAUUUUUUCGUCUAUUCAGAUAUCUUCUCAGAGGGUCGUCCCGCCUACUGGUCUGGCUACUACACCACACGCCCAUUUUACAAGUUGCUUAGCGCCGACUUAGAGCACAACCUACGCGCAGCCGAGAUACUUUUCACUAUCGCUUACAAUACUGCACGUCAGGAGCACCAUGUCAACGCUAUAAAGAUCUUCGAGAAGAACUAUGAAAAAAUGAUACAUGCGCGUCGCAAUCUGGGUCUGUUCCAACAUCAUGAUGCCAUCACAGGCACUUCAAAGGCGGCAGUAAUGCGCGAUUACGGUAUGCGCUUGUUUGAAAGCAUACAGGAUGCGGUGAAAAUGCAGGAAUCCACUAUUGAAAUGCUCUUGCAAGAUGGCAGUGAGCGUCACAAUUUCCUGCUGAGCGAGCUGGAGCGUGACAAUUUCAGUAAAUUAGCGCGAAAGACACCAAUACCUUUGAGUGGCAAUGGAAUCGUAGAUGAGUUUGAAGAUUUGAAUUCGAAUGCUGGCACCGCUUCUUUUGUGAUCUUCAACUCUUUGGCACAAAAACGUUUAGAGGUGAUAACCCUACGAUCGCCAGUGCCGAAUGUUAAGGUGUUGAAUGAACGUGGCGAGGAAAUGCGCUUAAUGCAAAUUAAUCCAGUUUGGAAUAUAACAGAUGCCUAUGAAAUGGGACUGGGUGCUGGUGUGGGUGCCAAUAGUGGCAUGGGACGCAUACGGGUCUCCACGCGCCAAUAUGAGGUGAUGUUCAUUGCUGAAUUGGAUGCUCUCACUCUGGCGACAUAUAGUCUUGUGGUGGUGGAUGAAAAGAAUUUUAGUCGUCCAACCAUGGCUACAAUUUAUUGCGAUGGUUGUACUGAUGCGUCGGCGCCAACGGCACCAAAUGCUAGCACAGAUUUUGUGAUCAGAGCAAAACCGUCAGGUGAUAUACAACUGGAAAACAAUUUCAUGCGCUUGCUCUUCGACGAAAAGAGUGGUUUUCUCAAGACCAUUACACGCAAGAGCCAAAACGAGCAAGCUCUUCGUCCCAUGCAGUGCGCUAUAAAGUUUGCCGCCUAUCGCAGCGCACAAUUCCACUCGGGUGCCUACCUUUUCAAGACCGAUCCCGAACAAAACGAAGCCGAAAAGGAUGUGCUCGAUCAGUAUGAGGAUGUGCGUAUUAUUAUCUCUUCAGGACCCAUCGCUAGUGAUGUUACUGUUAUCUAUGGCCCUUUUUUGGCACAUACUGUGCGUAUUUUCAAUACCCAUACCCACCUCGAUGCAGCCAUGUACAUAGAGAACGAUAUAGAUUUCGAGCCACCACCGAAGAAUCGUGAAACAGAGCUUUUCAUGCGUUUCGUCACUGACGUGGAUAACAUUAUAACAGUGAAACGUGACGAUGUGCUUAAAGAGGCGGAUACUGUAGCCGAGUUACCGGUGUUUUAUAGUGAUCAAAAUGGUUUCCAAUAUCACAAACGCAUCAAAGUGCCCACAAUUGGCAUUGAGGGCAACUAUUUUCCCAUCACGAGUGGCGCUUUCAUACAGGACUCUCACGUACGUUUCACAUUGCUGACCACACAUGCACAAGGCGCUGCCUCCUAUGAACCGGGUCAACUGGAAGUAAUGCUCGAUCGUCGCACACUCUACGACGAUUAUCGUGGCAUGGGCGAAGGUAUAGUCGACAGCCGUCUGACACGUCACAAAUUCUGGGUACUCAUCGAAGAUAUGCCAACGAAAAAUGAAAACUCCUACCAAAUACCCAGUCUACUGGCCAAUCAACUCGCAAAUGGGCUACGCUAUCCACCGAACUUAUACUAUGUCGAGACAUUCGAUGCGCCAGCAGUGCAACUAAAGCCGAAGGCAACACUGCUCGAUCAUGGCGCACUGCCAUGUGAUUUGCAUCUGUUGAAUUUGCGUACGCUCUCCGAAGAACAAUUACAGCUCUUCCCAUCCGCCUCAGCGUUAAUGGUGCUGCAGCGACAGGGCUAUGAUUGUGCGGUCGGGCAGAACAUCGAUAUAACACGCGUUUGUGCUGCAUCUGCGAACGGUCUGGGGCAGAUGGGUUUCAAUAGGUUGCACAUUGUGCGACUAGAGACAACAAGUUUGACCGGCUUGUUGCGAGAAGGUGAACGUAAACGGUUGAACUCGUUCGCUGAGAUAACAUUGAAUCCAAUGGAGCUGCGUACUUUUAAUGUGACAUUCAAAAUUUGAAUUACGAAUUAGUUGUUAGUUCAUUAUAAAGUUUGAGUUUUUUUAUAGUUUUUUUUUUUGCGUAUGUAUGCAUGUGUAUAUAUGUUUUGUCUCGAUGUCAACGAGUAUUUGUUGCCCAGUAGAGCCUAGAAUCGUUCGAGUAUUUUCAACAUACUCCCUUGCGAGUAUAUGAUUACUUGUACUCCACAUAUAUUGCUCCAUAUACUUUGCUGUAUAAGUGUUUGGUUUUGUAUAAGUCGUACCCUCAUGGGGCAUAGUCAUGCAGAAAAACUCCAGUUUAGCUUAUAAGUGAACACUGAAUAAGUGAACAGAAACUCGAGUUUACCACCUAAACGUGCAAUUGAAGAAGUGUUCUUAGAGAUUUUGCUAGUUAUUAAAAAUCUGAAAUCAGAAUACACAGUUGAUCUCCUAUUAACGCGUUUUUCUGGUAUGGAAAGUCUCUACUUAAAAACAAAAACACGUAGAAAUAACCAAAUUUUAAUAAAAAUUUACUUAUUCGUUCUAAUUUUUUUAUCGAAUUUUCAUGGUUUAUAAAAUGGUAUUCGAAUUCAGUUGCUUGGUCUGAGUCCAGUCGAAAGUUGAAUAGUUGAGGUUGAGCUACCGCACUCGUUCUCACUUUGAGCUUCAUUUUUGGUACUCAGAUCUAAACCAUGCAGAAACGUAUAAAUAUGAAAAUUGUUGUUAAAAAAACUAGAAAAAAAACGCUUAUAAAAGGAAGACGCAUGAGUUGCAGUACGAGGAGUUCAACUGUAUGUAUAUAUAUAUUUUUUUUUUUUUUUUCAAAAUAAUGCUUAUAAUCAUCGCUCUUGCUUGGUAGCAAAGUGACCGUAGCUUCUUUACAGCGACAGACUUAAAAGCCAACAUCCCGAGUUCCGCUUUCUUCGGUCUCAGCUCCUUCAUUACUUCAUUUAACGGCAGACUCUGCUUGAAGAUCAUUUGCAUCAAAAUUUGAAUUUGUUUUGAACUUUUUCUGCCAUUUCAAGGAGAAGGAAACAAAAAGGAGCAGGUGUGAGGAUACUUCAAGCGCAGUUAUCUCUUUUUUUCUGCCAUAGCACGAGUAUGAAGGAAGUACAAAACGAAUAACCUUAGUUUAUUGCUCGGAAGCCAGAGAAAAACGAGUGCUCGUUUAUAUUUUACUUCGAGAGUUCUUUUGCUUCUAAGUACUACUGGGUUUCAAGUACACGAGUAUUUGUUGAAUACAGCUCUUCAAUUUGUAUCGUGACUAUUGAGUUCGUGUAUGUAUGUGUUAUGCUUUUGUAUUUAAAUUUUACUUGUAUGAGUGUUAUUAGUUUUAGAAACCGAAUUUACAUGUCACAUAUGUAUGUAUUUGCACACUCACUGGUAUCUUCGAAAUUUUCUUUUCAUCUGAAAAAAUAUGUAUUUGUGGUUAUAGAUUUUUUGUAUUUUGUUUCAUCUUUUUUUUCAAAGCUAAGCGCAUGUAAAUGGCAUUUCAACUUUAAAAUGAAUAAACUUAAACUGCCCUUACAUAUCCCUAUUUGUAAAAAGUCACAGUAACAAACAAAACCCAACUAGGUUUCAAGGUAACUUUUAUUCCGUUGUAUUGCUAAUUAAAUUACGACGAAAUAUUUUAAUAUUAAGACCAAACUCGACAUUUAACUGAUGUACAACAGAUUAGUUUAGAAAUUCUUUUAAGCGAAAUUAAAUACUUUACUUAGCAAUACAAUGAGAUAUAAAACAUAUUUUGUUGCCCUCUUAAGCACUUGUAACCAGUACAGUACAGCUAAGCAACCAUUCCAGGAGCUACACUAUUUUUUUUUUUCUUAUUGUACAAUAUCAUUUCUCGAAUACGCUUACAGUAGUUUAGUAAAAUAUUUUAGUAAUAUGAAAACCGUUAUACCUACUUAUAUAUACAUACAUACAUAGAAAAGACACAUGCAAUGAAAGUGACUGAGUUCAAAUGAAAAGAAGUGACAUUAGUUUGCUUAAUAACAUUCGUUACUUGACAGAUAAGAAAAUUUGCUUUAUUUCGUGUGAAGUGGAAAAAUGUAACUUUGAGACGUAGACAUUUUUUCUUAGACCAAACAGUGGGUAAUAAAUAUGAUGCGGAUACGACUUAGAGUUCUUCAGUUUUAAAGGAGUUAAUCAAGAAUUUUUAUAUAAUUUUUUUUUUUUUAUUUCUUUAUAUUUGUUAAUUUUUGUUUUAUAUAUUUUUGUUUUUUUUUUUACUUUUUUUUUAGAUUUUUUUUAUUUUUAUUAUUAUAAUUUUUGUUUCGCUUUAUAAUUUUAUAAGUUCAAGCCCAGUAUUGUAAUAAAACGACCACAGUUUUGAAUGCCCCUUUAUUUAUUCUAAUGUUGUUGGAAACCAUCUCUAUUAAAUCGCGUAUUUGCCUGGUCGACACUUACUUCCUUGAACUCAGUCACUAAGCAAGCAACCAAUCAAGCACUAAGCAUCGUUUGCAUACGAAGCAAAUAAUAUUUUGUACAAAUUUCCGUCUGUUGUGCUUUCGUAUCAAGUCAAAUAGAGCAAAAAAGUAUUUUAAUUUUAAUUUAUUUUAUUUAAAUUUAUUGUGUAACUAAUUUCCAUGAUCAGCUCGAAUUUAUUUUCCUUUAAGCAACAAAAUCAUAUUAAAAAGUCUCUCGAAAGAAAGUAGAAAAGAUAAAAAGCCAUGUAUAGGGUUAAAAUGUUUUUAAAAAUCGAAGUCCUAAAACAAAUUUUAAUCUAAUUUUUAAUUUUUUAGCAGUCAAAUUACUUUUUUCUAGAAGCGCGCGCGCGCUGAAAAACUCAACUCAGAAGCGAAUUUAAAGCAAAACUUCCUUAUUUUCUGCUCGCUCCUAUUUUUGAGAAACGAUUCUACAAAAAUAGUUCGGGAGCUUGAAGUAUUAUGAAUUUUAUUAUCUUGAAGUAAUAUAAAUUAAAACUCGAACGUUAAAAAAAGAUAACAUCACUUUUUUUAUAUGUGAGCAGAAAGUAGAGAACAAGAGAAAGGGAGGGGGAGACGGCGAGAGGGCCACUAAAGCGAGUUAAGUAGACAAAACGCUUAUUUUCCACUAGUUCAUAUUUUUUUAAGUCCCACUUCUCAAAAAUGUAUUUUCGAGUUCGAAAAUAUCUAAACCAAAAUACUAGCGUCUAAAUAUUUAACUUCUUUGGUUUUCGUGAGUCGAAAGGUAUAUUGGAUUUGCCUCGUCCGAAAGCCGAAUGUAAAAAAUUCUGAAAAAAAAAAUAGUAAGCCACCUCUUAUUUGUGUAUCGGGGCCUUUAUACCGCGGGCCCAGAGUUCUCGGAGGGGCCCGGACUAGAGAGUAAUUCGAAUUAUAUGAAUUAGACAUAAUUAGAAAGGGCCCUCAUUUGCAAUUUUCCCCGAGGGCCCGGAUAUGCUCUCUACGGCCCUGUCUGGGCUAUAAGGCGGGUGAGGUACAAUUUUCCAUCAGGCAUUUUCUAAAUAAUUUUUGACCGGUACUGCAACAUGCGGCCGAGCGUUGUCAUGAUGGAAAAUCAAUUUCUCGUGUCUGGUCGCCCAUUCUGGCCGUUUUUCGACUAUUGCUUACUUGAAACGUAUCAAUUGUUGCCUGUAUAGCUCUCCCGUGAUCGUCUGGCCCGAUUUUAACAGCUCAUAAUAUCCCACCAAAUACAGAGCAUUACCUUCAAACCAUGAAUAUUCGGCUUUGGUGUCGAUUUGACUGGUUGGCAUGGCUUCCUAUAUGAUCUUUUAGGCUUUGGGUUGUCGUAAUGAAUCCACUUUUCAUCGCCAGUGACUAUACGAUGCAAAAACGAUUUCUUUUUUUGGCUAUUAAGCAGCAUUUCAGACUCGCAAAAUCGUCUUUCCACAUAUCUCGGCUUCAAUUCGUGUGGCGCCCAAUUUCCUUGUUAGUGAAUGCAUCCGGCUGCUUUUAAACGUUUAGAAAUGGCUUAUUGAGUGACUUCCAAUGUUUUUCCAAGUUCUUCUUGAGUUUGACAUGGAUCUUGAUCGAGUAAUGCCUCCAGUUCUUCGUCUUCAAACUAUUUUGAUGGACCUGAUCGCUCUUUGUCUUCUGUAAUCACCACUUUGAAAUCAUGCAAACCACUGCUGACAUAAUCUAAGCUCCGGAGCAUAAUCAGGAUAAGCUUCUGAGAGUAAACGAUGUGCUAAUUUAAUUCUAAUGUUUGUUUGACUUUUUACUUCACUCUGUAAAUGGCUUUUUAUUCUUAAAUAUUUUUGAUAAAUUUUUGAUUUUUUUUUUAAAUAAUAUUUUUAAAAUUUUUGUUUUGUUUUUGCUUAUACAUCAGAUUUACUUCAAUUAUUAGGCACAAUUUUUUUUUUUUUGUUUUUAAGAUUUUAAAUAAAAAUGAUUGCUAAAAUAUCCUUAUCACAGGCAGGUAGGUAUAUUAUUUUACUCAGGCAGCAAAUUAGCUUAUUUUUAAAAAUCUUGUAUGAGUGUAGAUGACUGUGUGAGCGUUUUAACGAUAUAUUUAUAAAUGCAAGAAAAAAGAAAAUGAUUUCAUUAAAAUCAAGAAUAUUUAAAUGCUAUUAUAAAGCAUAGAAAAUGGCCCGAAAAAUAUAGUAAACCUAAAUGCAAAAAAAAAAAAGAAAAAAAAAAUUACGCAGCACCGAACUACAUGCGUCGGUAAUAUUAGUGAAAUGCACCCCACGCACUGUAGUUAUGUUUAGAGAAAAAUAUAAUAUAAAUAUAAUGAGUUUUAAGGAAAAUUACAUACUACGUAAAAGUUAAUAAAAAUAAUGCAAGCAAAACGAAUUAAAUUUGACAGUGCGGGUCGAGCAGUUGCGAACUGACUGUUGAUCUUAGGCAUACCUCUUUGCAGGUAGUUGUAUUUAAAUGUCAAAAUUAGCAUCCGACUUUUACAAAAAUUUCGAGCAAAAGCCAGUAUUUUUUUUUUACUAGCAUUUAAUACAAAUCAGAUACUUUUUUAAUCUGCUUGGGAUGAAGCAAUACCUGUAGUCAGCGCGGAAUUCGCAUGCUCGCUUAUUGAAGGUGUGAUUAUAGUCUGAUAUUAUUGUAAAAACCAUUUUCCAUAGCCAUCCAUUGAUAUUAGCUUUUUCUGAUUAGCGAAUUUUAUAAAUUUGAAACGAAUAUUUGGCAACGCUUUUGGCUAAGAAAGUUGAACAAAAAAUUUUUUUUUCGUUUGUAUUUCAAAAACUAGCAAAUUUUUAGUUUUUUUCUAGACUGAUUAGCUUAAAUAUUUUAUAUACAAUCAUAAUAUUUAUUCUUAUAUACAUAUGUGUAUUUAUUUAUAUGUAGUUAUUUUUAUGUUGAGGAAUGUUUUGUUCAUUUUUAUUUAAGAUUGAUUGUAAUAUACAGACGUGUAUAAAAAAUAUUUAACUUAUUGUACGAAGUUUGUAGUUUUUAAAUAUUAUUAUAAUAUUGUUCAAAAUUAUACAAAAAAAAAAUUAUAUUUACUAUGUAAGAGAAUAUUUUAAUUGUAAAGGAAAAUAUUUUUUAGUCAAAUUAUAAGCUCAGCACAGAAAUAUGCUGCUUAUUUACAGAAAAUCCGUUUCGAUAUUGAUGACGUUUUUUCCUUUUUUUUUUGUUUUUUGUUUUUUUGUUGUUUUUUUUUUUUGUAAAUUUCAUCAUUGUUUUAUUAUAAUUCAUUCGAAUCACAACUCGAACGCGAUCGAACACAUUUCACAACGAACAAUGAAGGUUCUUAGACCUAAAAUUAUCUAAUUAUCUUAAGGGGUUAUAUACCGUUUGAGCCCGAAAAAAUGGACGAUUGUCAUGAUUUUUUUUAAAUAUGUUUUAGAACUUUUAUUAAAAUGAGGCAUAUAUCAUACUGAAGGGUAACUUUCGAAGAAUACAUUUUGGUGUUUUUAUUUUAAAAAAUGUUAUUAUUUAUUGUUAAUAUCGCCCCACCCCCGAAACGCCGUUUUUUAGAAGAGGCUUGUGGUGAUCACGCAUGGAGAUAGCGCAUGAGCAGCUCAACUGAAAUCAAAAAAAAUUAAAUGAUUAUUGUAGAAAAAUGUUUUUUAGUGCAUCUGAAUGGUUAAUUUACCCAAAAUAAAUUUUUCUCGAUAUGAAAACCGCUUUGCACCAAAAAAACGAUUUUUGAGGGGUUGAAAAAUUAAAACAAUGCAAAUAUUUAUAAAAUGUGAACCGUUCAAAAUCAUGAGGUUGUAACUUUGAAUAAUUAAAAAAAAACUUUAUGCAAAUCGGUCAAAUAGUUUUUGAUAAAUAAUGAUCACCGCGACAGUAAUUUUCAAAAAACACGACUUCGAGAUAAUCGCGUCUAAAUUUUUGCGUGCACUUCAUUUAUGGAUAAUUUGCGCGCUUACACGGUUUGUAACUUUCGUUCUAGUGCUCCGAUCCUUAUGAUUUUUUGAAUUUUUAUUUUUUUUUAAGAUGAUGUACUUUUAGAAUAUGCCAUAAAAAAAUUUUCGAUUUUUUAGUCCAACACAAGGUAUAUAACCCCUUAAGAAAAUAAAAUAAAAAAAGCGAUUUUUUGAAAAUUGUAGUUAUAUACAGUGGUGGCCAUAUCAUAUGCAACAAACACAGUAUUUACGAAAAAUUGUUUGUGCUUUACCAUUAAACUUUACAGAAUGUUGAUUGAAAGUUAAUUUAUUUUAGUUUGGUAUGUACACUUUUAAUUUAUAUUUUUAAAUUAAACAAAAUUAAUUCGGAUAUAAAAAAAAUGUUACCUUUAUAACACAACUUAAAAAGUACGUGGACAAAACAAAUGCAACUUUUUGAAAGCUAUCGUGGAAAAUAGUGAAACUAGUAUUUUGUUGCAAACCCAUUGCAUUUUAUGACUUCGGCGCAUCGUUUCGGCAUUGCCGCAAUUAAAUUAUCAAUGGUUUUCAUCGGGAUCGAUUUCCAGGCUUCUUGGAGUUUAUUAAAAAGUUCAUCGCCAUUUCUAAUGCUAGUCCUGUCUAUCCGCCUGUUAACCAGUUCCCACAAGUUCUCAAUCGGGUUGAGAUCCGGGGACUGUGGUGGCCAUUCCAUAACAUCAACUUUAUUUUCGGUAAACCAAGACUUUACAUAUUUUGCCGUGUGUUUCGGAUCAUUAUCCUGUUGGAAGACCCAACGCACCGGCAUUUCCCACUCAGCAUAUGACAGCAUUACGUCAUUUGCAGAAAAGCAGCCCCACACCAUUAUAUUGCCUCCACCAUGCCUAACCGUUUUCUUGCAAUAACGAGGAUCAUACCGUUUAUUCACUGGUCUUCUCACAUAAGACAUUCCAUCACUACCUAUCAAGUUAAAUUUUGACUCAUCGCUGAAAAGGACUGUUUUCCAUUUGCUGAUCGGCCAAUUUAGAUGCUCCUUGGCAAAUUUCAAACGCUUUGCCUUGUUCUUCAAUGAAAUCAUAGGUUUGUGUGCAGGACGGCAACCUCGCAGUGAAGCUUUCAAAAGGCGUCUACGCACACUUCUCCUGGAUAUUUGCAAAUUUAAGUCUUUUAUUAUUUGUCUUGGAACAAUUUCAGGAUUCUUUUUUGCCAGUUGUACUAUCAGGUUGUCUGUCCUUUGGCUGGUUUUGCGUGUGCGCCCUCCUCGGUGAAUAACAGCAACCUCUUUUCUUGUAACAAACCUUUUAAUUAUUCGCGAAAUCGUACUUUUGUGUGUGCUGUAUUUUGCAGAUAUGCCUUUCUGUGUCAUUCCUGUCUGAAAAUCUGCAAUAAUUCUCUUCCGAAGUUCAAUUCCAAAUUUGUCUCUUGCCAUUAUCAAAACCGCGAAACUUUAUUUAAAUAAACACACUAAUUUAUUUGCAGGAACGGUUGAUAUUAUAUUAUAUGCAGUAUACAAGCUAUUUUGAGUGACAGAUAAACCAAAGACAACGAAUAAAGUACCGUUACAAUAGUGUUACUUAAACUAUUUUGAAGAGUUGCAUUUGUUUUGUCCAUGCUCUUUUAGGAUUGAUGUAAAAAUGGGAGUCUAUCUUCUUUAAGGGAACAAAUACUUUUCGUUUGAAAACGUAAAAUAAAAAUAUACAUUCGAAACUAAUAUAAUUUCCCAUUAAAUCAACAUUCUGUAAAUUUUAAUGAUAAAAUAUGUACACAUUUUUGCAAAUAGGAUGUUAGUUGCAUAUGAUAUGGCCACCACUGUAUAACCCCUUAAGACUACUAAGUAAACUAACGAUAUGUAUAUUUACGGUAAUAUGAACCACGAUGCAGACUAACAAUUUUCGCUCGUAUUGCCUUGAUCCUGUACUCCGAAAACUAUUCGAUUUCCGAAUUGCCCGAUUAAAUACCGGAAAUCCCGAUGUAUACAAAUUUACGCCGCACUAAACGGUUUAGUAGUCACUAACAGUGGGCAGAGGCAGCUGAAUGAAUUACGACAUAAUUCUAGGUUCUGAAAUAGAAUUACUUUAUCUCGUAUAUUCUUUCCAUUUUUAAUAAUUAAAUAAAUCCCAUUAUUGUUUUUAUGCUUUUUUUUGAAGAACCUAAAUAUUAUAUAAUAUAAUAUAAUUUGCUUGAAAUGUAUAGUUGUAGCAUUUCAAAAAGUGUACUAGAAAAUAAGUUCACAUCGAACAAAUCUAUAUUUAUUAAAUACCAACAUAAUGUAAACUGUAUAAGUAUGUACGUACGUAUUUAGUAAAGCACCUAAAGUAUAUUCUAGUAUUUAGUUUUCCUCAUAGAAAAUGUAUUUCAGUUUGAUUUCAAGUUAAAUAGAAAAGCGUAACUCUGUACAGUAAAAAAAAAAUUUAAAUAAAAAUGCAUAGUGAAAUGGAAAAAUUUAAAUAAGCAACAUUACAAUGAAUUUUAAUAACAAAAAACAAAAAAAAACAACAACUAAAACAUCAACGCAGUAAAAUCACCAAUGUAAUUCACAGCACCGCAAAGUUGCAAUUAUUAAAACAAUCACAACAAAAGACGUUCUAAUGCCCACUUUUAUUAAAAAGAUUAGAAGAAACCAUAGAGCUUAGUAAUAAGAAAAGGGAGGUGAGGUGUUGAGUAUUAAGAAAAAUGCAUAAACUGUACGAAUAUCUAUCCAAUAAGACGAUAUGGGGAAAUAUGUAUGUAAUUAGAAUUGUACGAAUUACAGUUACUAUAAUGAAUGCCUAGCAGUAAAAUUAGUAGUGAAUGUGGUAAUUGAAUAGUUAAUUUAAACUGAUGUAGCAUAAAAGACAUUGUACGCUCUUACAUUUAAGUAAAUUAAAUUAUACUUCACAUGAAUAUAAAAAAAUACAUGAAUAAGUUGAUAUUGUAUUUCAACAGAAUAUUGAGGAAUAUAUUUAAAAAGAAUGAAAUAGAAAUAUAUACAUAAAAUAAUUAAAA